AUGCCUGUCGACAAAAUCAAAGUUAAUAACGAUCCACGGAUCUCUUUUCACUCUGCCAAACUCAACGGCUACACCUAUGGCUACCUCUUCAGCCCGGCCUCUCCCAAAGUGCCGAAAAGGGGAACCAUCUUCCUGAUCCACGGCUUCCCAGACCUCAGCAUGGGAUGGCGGUUCCAAAUCCCCUUCCUGACAGACCUGGGCCUCGACGUGGUCGCCCCAGAUUGUAUGGGCUACGGCCGCACCGACUUCCCCCGCUACACACUGCAAGACUACACAUACAAACGCGCUUCCGAUGACAUCGCUGAGCUAUGCCGCCAAAAGGGCCUGUCGCGCAUCAUCCUCGGCGGGCACGACUGGGGCGGCGCCAUCGUCUACCGCGUGGCCCAAUACUACCCGCGCCUGAUCACUGCAGUCUUCAGCAUCUGCACACCCUACUUCCUACCCAGCCCAAAGUACGAACCGCUAGGAGUCCAAGCGGAAAAGCGCCUUCCCAACUUCACGUAUCAAAUGCAGUUCGCUUCCGGGGAGAUCGAAAAGAACGUGCAAUCCAAGGCCGAGAUCCGCCGGUGGUUGAACAAUCUGUUUGGCGGGCGCACACCGGAGGGCGAAGUCGCCUUCAACGCCAACGUCGGCAUCGACCUGGCCAAGCAGGCGCGCGUAGGCAAGAACAGGCUUCUCACCGACGAAGAAAUGGAUUUCUACGUCGACGAAUUCGCGAGGAAUGGCAUCAACGGCCCGCUCAACUGGUACCGCGUCCGCGAGGACAACUACAUGAACGAGUGGCGUGAUUUCUUUGACUCGGGUCGUAAAUCCGCAGCCCAGGCCGCAAGGGACUUGACGCUGCAGCAAGAAGUGCUGUUCGUGCUCGCGACUAAAGACCAGGCUCUGCCGGCGUUUAUGGCGGAGAAGAUGGCAGAGAAGAUCCCCAAGCUGACCAGACGCGAAGUCAGUGCGAACCAUUGGGCGCUGUGGGAGAGACCGGAGGAUUGUAAUCGCAUAAUUGGCCAGUGGUUGCAUGAGAAGGUCUUUCCUUUCAUGCGAGGAGAGAGUAAAUUGUGA